AGUAAGUCCCUAUACCUGUUACUUGCAUAUGCUUACCGAUAAUCUGGCGGGACGGUGGAUGUCCCGCCUUCACAGGUAUCGUCCAGCGCGGGGUUACAGGACCUCAGAACGCGUCAGACCGCGGUGAGAUGUGGCUUGCUUAGGGCCUACAAGUGCUGACCGUACUGAGGGCGGAAUCUGUUUUCCUACUACCCCAUACCUACUUGGAUCCGAAUCCAUCUUCGCUCGGGAUGUGGGCCGUAGAAAAGAACCCCGACGGGUUGGGCGGACUCUUCGAUAUCAUCCGCCCUUCUCAAAAUUGCUCAAAUAGGAGCAAUUAUUGCGAGGCAAGUGUUGCAUUGUGCAUGCGCUACCAUGCCGAGCUGAAUCAAUGGCGUGUGCUGCACUCAGGGGUCUGGGCAGGAGUGGUGCAAUUUCAAUAGUUGUAGGUGCGAUUGCAGACUUAUAAAUCAUAUUUAAAGGCCAAUAUUCGUAGACUCUCACUCAAGAAGGUAUGUGAACCAAACCAUGAUUCUGAGACUAACCCACCGUCACCAUGUGUACACCUUCUACGAUUCCAUACCCGACCUUUCCAGGCAUCCAAUUCACAUCACUUAGUACUUCGUUAGUCUCUAAUGUUACCACUCAAAUACCCGAAAGCUUCUAUGUCAAUAAUGGGGCACUGGAUGUCCAGGGCGUCAGCUAUUGCCAUGUAAUCACUACCUACACCCAUACUGGGGCUACCGACAAUGUCACCGUGGAUGUGUUUCUUCCAACAAAAGGCUGGAAUGGAAGAAUGCAAGGCGUAGGUGGUGGAGGAUACUCUGCUGGAGGCCUUACGUUUCCGCUAGCAGCCUACACUAUGCUUGGGGCAGUGGCCGAGGGAUACUCCGCUGUGACCACCGAUGCUGGCCAUGCCUCUACAAACCCUUACGACUGGAUCCUAACAAGCCCUGGCCAUGUCAACUACCAGCUAUUGGAGAAUUUUGGUUCUACGUCGCUUAACGAAUUGUCUGUCAUUGGGAAGGCAAUCACGAAAAGUUACUUCGGUGAAGCACCGCACCACUCCUAUUUCAACGGCUGCUCCCAAGGGGGUCGGCAGGGCAUGAAGCUUGCUGAGAAAUAUCCUACCGCAUUCGAUGGAAUAGCCGCUUCAGCUCCCGCGUUAGACCUCACUGGGGUGGGAGUGGCUGACCUCUGGCCUCAGAUCGUGAUGAAAACGUUGGGCAAGUACUCGAAAAACUGCGAACUUCUUGCUAUCACUGAGGCUGCGAUUGAGUACUGCGACGCCAACGACGGACUGAUCGAUGGGGUCAUUCUCGAUCCGGAUGCCUGCAACUUCGACCCCUAUUCUGUCGUUGGGAAGCCCAUCAGCUGUAAUGAUACAGGCAUCCCUGAGACUAUCUCUAUCUCGACAACCGCGGCAAUAGUGGCGAAUGCGACUUGGACUGGAGCUCAAAAAUCGGAUGGUUCGCCACUUUGGUGGGGACUCAAGAAAGGGGCAACACUAGUCGAAGAGGAUAUCGGGUUUACCACCAUACUUGGUCUUGCAACAACUACCUGUUCUCAGAAUGGUACCUGCGUGGGGAAGCCGGCGGAUGUUGUGGUAGAAUGGAUACAAUUACUCCUUAAGAAGGAUCCCAAUUUUGAUGUUUCAACUGUGACAGCUGCCGAUUUUGAACGGCUGUUCCAAGCUUCGUCGGAAGAGUACAAGGCAAUCUGCGACGUCGAACCUAACUUCGGUGCAUUCCGAGACACAGGAGGGAAGAUCAUAUCUUACCACGGUUUAGCCGAUACCGUUGUUCCUCCAAACUCCACCACACACUUCUACGACCAGGUCGCUGCCAAAGACAUAAAUGUCCAUGAUUAUUAUCGCAUAUUCGAAGCUCCAGGGCUUGCUCACUGUUACACCGGCUCCGGGGGAUAUUAUCCUGCUGGGAUUUUCAAGGCACUGGUAUCAUGGGUUGAGUCUGGGGUUGCCCCUGACAAGCUUCCUGCGUCAACUCCCGCACAGAAUGGAACGGUCCACAAUGGUGUUCUGUGCCCAUACCCUAAGAAAGUACGUUACAAUGGAUUGAGCUCAAGCUCUAUGAACGAUGAUUUCUAUUGCUAUGACGGAACAGACCUAAUAUGCGAGGAAAAAACGAUGUUGUCGAACGAGCUUUAAGCCACUCUCGCCUAGGGAUACGGUAUACAUAUAUGAAGAGUCUUUGCCUACAAUCGUCCAAAGCUAGUUACUAACAGGUCCCCCAUAGGCUGAACUCCGAUCCAAUCAGACAUCUGAGAACUGCAAAUAACAUGCUUGCCACCAAUUACUUAGGUAGACUGCUCAGGGGCGAGUCUAGUAGUGCACGCAGGUUAAGGGGGAGUUUUAGGCGAGAAAAGUUAUGAUUCCUACUAGCCAUUCUAGUUCAACUUCGCCUUAGGGUAGAGACUUUCUAUAAGAUCUAACCUGGUUCAAACGUUAAGCAAUAUAUACAAUUUAAUAGAAAAAAUAAAUGUCUCGACCAA